AUGUCGUCAAUUCAAUUGCUCAAUCCAAAGGCUGAAUCAAUAAGAAGAGCCCAGGCCCUCCAGGUGAACUCUGCCGCGGCGCAAGGGUUGCAGAGCGUGUUGGCGUCGAAUCUUGGACCAAAAGGGACCCUCAAGAUGUUGGUGGACGGGUCAGGAUCGAUCAAGUUAACCAAGGACGGUAAAGUGUUAUUAUCAGAGAUGCAAAUCCAACACCCUACUGCGGUAAUGAUUGCCAGAGCCGCCACUGCGCAAGACGAAAUCACCGGCGAUGGGACCACCACCGUGGUGUUGUUAGUGGGUGAAUUACUCAAACAAGCCGAACGGUUCAUCACCGAAGGGGUCCACCCACGAAUCAUCACUGAUGGGUUUGAAAUUGCUAGAAAAGAAACCCUUGAGUACUUGAACAAGUUCCAACAAAAGAGAUUGGCCAGCGAAUUGGACAGGGAAACCCUUUUGCAAGUGGCCAGAUCGUCAUUGUCAACCAAGGUUAAUGGGAGAUUGAGCGAAGUGUUGACCCCAAUUGUCACUGAUGCAGUGUUAUCAGUGAGAGACCCUGAGGAUCCAAAGAAGAUUGAUCUACAUAUGGUGGAAAUCAUGACCCAACAACAUGAAACUGCGUACCAGACCAAAUUCAUCAAAGGGUUGGUGUUGGACCACGGGGCCAGACAUCCUGAUAUGCCAAAAGUGGUGAACAACGCGUAUGUGUUGAUCUUGAACGUCAGUUUGGAAUACGAAAAGACAGAAGUCAACUCUGGUUUCUAUUACUCGUCUGCCGAACAACGUGCCAAAUUGGUGGAAAGUGAACGAAAAUUCGUCGAUGAUAAAUUGAGAAAGAUUGUCGAUUUGAAGAACGAGGUUUGUGGAUUGGACAGUGAUAAAGGGUUUGUGAUCAUCAACCAAAAGGGGAUUGACCCAAUGUCGCUCGAUGUUUUGGCAAAGCACAACAUUCUUGCCUUGAGAAGAGCCAAGAGACGUAAUAUGGAAAGAUUGCAAUUGGUCACCGGUGGGGAAGCCCAAAACUCUGUCGAUGACCUCAGUGCCAAAGUGUUGGGUUAUUCUGGUAAAGUCUGGGAACAAACCAUUGGCGAAGAGAAGUUCACUUAUGUCACCGAAAACAAGGAUCCUAAAUCGGUGAGUAUUCUUAUUAAAGGGGCCACCCAACACGUGUUGAAACAAACCCAAGACGCCGUCAGAGAUGGGCUCAGGGCGGUGGCCAACGCCAUAAAGGAUGAGUCGUUGGUGCCGGGGGCCGGGGCGUUCUUUUUGUCUGCCAACAACAACUUGACCGAGAAUUUGUCCAAGUUGACCAAGGGGAAAACCAAGACCGGGGUGCAAGCGUUUGCCGAAGCAUUGCUCGUGGUUCCAAAGACUUUAAUCACUAACGCUGGUUUCGAUGCCUUGGAGGUGAUUUCCAGCUGUCAAGACGAUAUUUUGGAAGGCAGAGUGGUGGGGAUUGAUUUGGAGUCUGGCGAACCGUUUGACCCGGAAGUCGAAGGGAUUUGGGACUCAUUUAGAGUGUUGAGAAACGCCAUCACUGGGGCGGUGGGGAUUGCUAGCAACUUGUUGUUAUGUGAUGAGUUGUUGAAAGCUGGCCGGUCAUCUUUGAAAGAAGGACCGCCAGGGGUGCCAGGAAUGUAA